AUGUCUAGACACGGCGAUGCCGAACUGACAGCGGAUUGUGUUAUUCAGUGGAAUGGCAUUGGUAGCGGUAAAAUCAUUCAGCGGUUCCCUGAAAGGGACUGGCCGGACACCCCAUUUAUUGAGAGCCUGGAGCUUUUCUGUCAACCACAAGGGUGGGCACUGUCGACAGAACGGCAAGAGCCUAAAUUCUUUGUAUCGGUGCUGACAGAUAUUGAUGCAAAACGACAUUACUGUGCAGUUCUUUGUUUUAAUGAGGCAGUCUCCAUCACACCCAGCAAACCAACUGAUGAGGAGGAUGACAGCGUGGAUUUGAGUGGGGGAGUGCGUGGUGUGGGCCCCCCUGUGCCUCUCAUCACCCACCACUCCAUUAUGUAUGCCCCUAAGUGCCUGGUCCUUAUUUCUACGCUUGACUACUUUGAGACAUUUAGGAAUUGUGGCAUUGUGUACACAGUGUAUAUGGAAGGUCUAGGUGUUAGCAUGGAGACACUUAUAGGCAACAUGGUGGGCUAUGUUCAGGUACCUCCACCAGGGGACCGCAGCUUUCAUAUGUCUCCAGGUUCGUUCAGCAUUGGUGCAGGAGAUAGACAAGCUCUCCAGCCUCCAGCCUCUCCAACUCUUCCUGUCACCAGUACUACUGUUCUUAGCCUCUUUAACCAAUUAGGAAUCAAGAAUGUUUUGGUGCUGUUUUGCGCUGCCCUCACCGAACACAAGAUUCUCUUCCACAGUCAAUCUUACAAUCGACUUACAGAGUCCUGUCAUGCCCUUAAAGCUCUUCUCUAUCCCUUCAAGUACUCCCACGUCUACAUUCCAAUUCUGCCAGCAUCUUUGGUUGAGGUUCUGUCCACACCAACGCCCUUCAUCAUGGGAGUUCAUUCUCACCUCCAGCAUGAUGUUUGUGAGUGCAGAAUUAAGACAAUGCUCUGUAAUCAUGCCUAUAUUCCACUGAUACAUACUGCUAAUAGUUCCAGAUCUAUCCGUGUCCCAGAAAGUCUGACGGUGUCUCUCUUGCCAGAACCAUUCUGGAGCCAGACCCAUGCUGCUCUCUCGAAGGUGCUUCACCCUGAUCUCAGCACCGCAGACAAUGCCUUUCCCUCAAGUGCUGGUAUCAGGGCCUCCCCACAUAUUGUGAUGGACAAAGAAAUCAGAGCUGUGUUCAUGCGCAUGUUUGCGGAGUUAUUACGGGGUUACCGAUCGUGUCUCACCAUUAUCAGGAUACAUUCAAAGCCAGUUAUUACCUUCCACAAGGCAUCUUUCCUUGGUAACCGUGGAAUGGUGGACAAUGAGUUUGUGGGCAAGGUCUUAGACUGCAUGUUCUUCACCACAUUUGUCACGGAGAGAGGCCCCCCCUGGAGAGUCUGUGACCUAUGGGAUGACCUCUACUCUGGCAUUGGGGACCAACUACGUCGGCAACAUGAUAGUCGAAUGCUUCUAGUCCAUAUUCCCGGUGCACAGGAACUUGGUCAACAGCUGUACAGCAAUGAAAACCCAAACCCACAGCCAUUUGUUGCCAAGAUUCCUAAGCCCACUGAGGGUUCAUUUACACGUAUCCAUCAACCAGUCUUCCCGCAUAUAGAUGCUCAGCAGGUCCAAAGUAUCAUUGAUGAAGGCACUGCCAAAAAAGUGAAAAUCCCACAAAAAGUGGGCCAGCCAAGAAUUGUUCCUAUGGGCCCCCAUAUCUCUAGUCUACAGUCAGGCAGAGGUUAGUAAAGUUCUGCAAGAAGAUUAGAGGUUAUGAGGAAUUGUGUGAACUGCAUAUUUGAGAACAAAAUAAGUGAUGCUAGAAAGACAUUCCCUGCAGUAUUAAGAGCAUUAAAAAGUAAAGCAGCUCGCUUGGCUCUGUGCACAGAGCUAAGUCACCAUGUCCAGGGCAAUAAAGCUGUUUUAGAACACCAGCAGUUUGAUUUAGUGGUUAGGCUAAUGAAUUGUGCACUGCAGGAUGAUUCUCCAAUGGAUGAGCAUGUGUUGCAGCUGCUUUGCUUCCUUUAUCACAGCCUUCUGUCGGAAAUUAUGUACAGGAGUUAUACAGAUCAUCAGUAUGGGGCAAUCAGCAGUUUGGAAGCAGCAUUUUAUCAAGAUGUUCAGAAGGAAUCAAGAGCUUGUACCAAGAUCGAUCUCAGCAAGCUACCCUCAGAUUCUGGUUCUUGGAAGGAGUCCAGAUUGUCCUUCCUCAGACCGCAUGAGUCCUCAGCUUUGGAAAUAGCAGCAGAGCAGAUGAGGCUCUGGCCUAAUAUUGAAACAAGAAAACAACGGGAAAUAGUGGAACAAGAGGAGUCCACUCUAUACUCUCAGGCAAUCCAUUAUGCAAAUAGGAUGGUGUUCCUUAGAGUUCCCAUAGAUGUUAAUGCAGCCACACAUAGACGUACCUUCAAUGAACGUGACACUGCCAGUAACAGUAUUACAAAUAGCAUGGCAGAGAGUGUUUUAGAUGCUGAGUCCGGCUUUGAAGACCAAGAACAGAGUGACCGUGAAGCCAGCGUAGUGCGCUUUGUGGCAAGAUUUGUUGACAAAGUAUGCACUGAAGGUGGUGUGACAGAGGAACACAUCAAGUCGCUACACCAAAUGAUACCAGGAGUUGUAGCUAUGCACGUGGAGAUGCUGGAUGCUGUGUACAAAGAAUCCAAGCGUUUACCACCAAUACAGAAGCCCAAGAUAUUAUUGCCAUCGUUAGUGCCGGGUGAAGAAGUAGUGUAUGAAGGCUUGAGGGUUUACCUACUUCCGGAUGGGAGAGAAGAUGCUACAGGUGGUAGUAUUGGAGGCCCAAUACUGUUGCCAGCUGAAGGAGCACUGUUCCUCACCAACUACAGACUCAUAUUCAAGGGUCUGCCUACAGACCCAUAUGCUUGCGAACAAGUUGUUGUAAGAUCUAUGCCAGUCUCCUCCAUCACACGAGAGAAGAGAGUCCCUGCCAAUCAGCACCCAGGACCCAUGGAUCAGUGGCUGAGUGAAGGCCUCCAGAUACGCUCAAAUACCUUCCAGUUAAUCAAAGUCGCUUUUGACGAAGAGGUCUCACCUGAAAGCAUAAAAACGAUGCGCAAGAUGAUAAACCGGCUACGACAUCCACCAUACAUAAUGAAUCUCUUUGCAUUUGUGGGCCCAGUCAUGUUCCACAAACGCCAAAUGGCUCUCACAGUGCUUAAUCACCAAUGUAGGUUUUGCCAAGAAGACUUAAUGAAGACCGCAAAGGUAGCUGGCCUGAAGUCUGGUAAGGGUAACAAACGGAACAAGUAUCACUUCCCGAGCAACAACAAGUCAAUGACCUCUCCAGGGAGGAUGAGUUUAGCCCAAAUGGCCAACAUGGACCUCAGCAAUGAGAACCUGGCCAUUGAUGAUGAUCUGUCCGUCCAGGUUUACCAGAGAGCCGAAUUCUUUGGCACUGACCAUAGGCUGAGGAGGUCUGUGAGACGACCUAAGAGGUCAUGGCUUGAGCAGCUCAACAUGACCUGUUGCAAGGAGUUAGAGAUGGGCCAAGGGCAUGUCUGGAGUCUCACCAUGAGGGACCUUGGUGGCUGGAAGAAAAGGGGUGGAUCAGACAAACUCAACAUCUCUGGGUUCUGCACAGACAAUUCUGGUGGAGAAUUUGGGCUAAGCAAGCUCUCCGCUAGGCUGUUGUGCCCAGAUCAACAGCAAACAAUGGGGAUGAAACAUGACUCUACCAAUGCGAUCCCAAGGACAAAAUUCAGUCAAAACAGUGGCUGCCCAGGGUGGAAGCCCAAAGCAAAAUAUGAGCAUUCAAGAGGAAAGGUCAUGGCCACUGUCUUUGGGAUGCAGAAGGGAUUUUGCUGGUUAACUUCCCCAAGAGCAAGAAAACAGUUAUGCCCGGUCACUCGAUAUGGCUUCCUAGGUACAAGUAACAAAGGCCAGUGUAAGCUGCUGCGAGUAACAUCGCCCGUCAGCCGCAGCUCUGGGGGAGUUGGACUGUGGUGGGAGGCUCUCGCCCAGGCAGUUGUCUGUGGGGUGUUUGGUGGGAGUGCGAGAGGUAGACAGCAAGACCGGAGAAGCUCUCUGAACGGAGCUACCACAAGACACAUGCGCUUGGGGCUCGGCAGUCUAGCAGCACUCCACCACCGAGUCUUCUUUCUUGACAGCUAUCCAGCCUUGUUGUCUGUGCCCCCUAACACGGGUGAUGACAGCAUUCACCGCCUAGCACGAUGUUAUCGCCAAAAUCGCUUGCCAGUUAUUACUUGGAGACACCCACGUAACAAGGUACGAUUAUUCCUUUUGGCGUUUUUACUACUCACAACAAGUGAGGUAUCAUAUUCAGUAGAGCAAGAGAAGUACCUUGCAGCAGUUGUACAGGCAACCCCUCUGUCCGUCCUGAGAGAAGGGUCCACUUGGCGACUCACAGGCUCUUCACCUUCAAUCAACUCCUUGGUGCUGGCCGCAGGGGGUGCAACCUUGGAAGUCCCCCCUACCAUCCCACUUAUCCACACUCACACCAGAAGUGGGACGCAAGUCAAAUCCCUUAUCGAGGCUAUGAACACAUUACGCAAAUUUGCUGUUGCUAAAGUGAAAAAGGCCAUAGCUUUGGAGUAUGUCCUUGAAUCAUGUGACCAAAGAUUCUCUCAUACAAGAGUGACUCUUAAGGACAAGCGGGGCAAGGGGUAUAGGGGAGGAGGUGUCGGUGGGGCUCCCUGCGUGGAGCACGACCAGGUGUGCCGUCCAGUGGGGUUAGAGGGACUUAGGGACCUCCGCCACCACCCCACAUCCACCCCGGCCCUUCGUUCCAGCAUCAACACGGGGCCAAGGCUCUCCGUGGGGCUCAAGGAUAUGGGAACAGAAGCCCUUCAAUCCUUCCACAAAGCUGCUCUCUAUGUAAAGUGUAAAAGGGUUGCUUUCAAGAAAUCUGUAUUUGAGCUAGUGAAACACCAGUUUUGCUCUUCGAUAGUUCAAACCAGCAUUGCUAUAUUAGAGGUGAUAUGGUGUAAAGGAUACUUGUCAGAGCCUGUGUUUGAAAGUGAUACGAUUCUUCACUUGUGUCCAGCUGUCAUGAAAUUUGGUGUGAAUGUGCUAUCUGUGCCAGCGUGGGAGAGCCGAGCCAAGGAUCGCAGGGCAUUCAGUGUUAUCCGGAGGGUGUAUAGAUCAGACGGGACAAAUGAUUUUGGGAUGAACGAUCGGUACAUUCCAAAGGAAAACAAGACUGUGGGUGGAUACACUAACAUCGCACAAAAUGUACCACAGUUCAUGCCAUCAACGAUAUGCCAAUAUUGUUUAGUCCAGCAAGGCUGGAUGAAGAAAAAGCACCCGAAGAGGAGGAAGAUUAAACCCCCAGCCAUCAGGUGGUGCAAAGGGGAGUCCUUUGGUAAGAGACGAGGACCCCAGACCCUCCUAAAGUACAGUGCUUCAUAUUUUAAGUGCCAUGACGUCGUUGCUCAAGAGAUGAAGUAUCACCCACGAUGCCCUUUAUGGAGUUAUACAAUUUGGAGAGAGCAUACCUCAAUGCAAUCAGCAAGAGGAGAAGGCAACAGACGAGGAAACGAAUCAUAUCCUGUAGCAUUCUCAGAACUUGUCAUCUACAUAAUGGAUAGCAAAGUGACCAAUAUAAAGCCCAAAACCUUUGUAUUUAGGGUGGCUGAUCUAGCUGCACUAUACAAGAGCCCAUUUGAGCAAUUGGGUGUGGACUCACCAGAUGUCAACUCGACCAGCGCAAAUAUCAUCCCUCGAGAAAUGCUUGACCACAAGACUAAUUCAGCAAAGAGUUCACUGACCAGUCUGUGGAAAGCUGUUCCUAAAUCUCUACUACAAUUUGUGUGUAGCAUUGAACGUGGUGUAGACAUCAGAUCACAUCUGACACAUAGAGUAGUAAAAUCAGAUUUAGCUAUUGCACAACUGCCCGCAAUACAACUGCUACUCGAAUACACGGCUAAGAAUGAUGUUUCAAAAGCUCAAUGUUUGUUUAUCAGGGCAUCAAAACAGAUGCUUACCACAAGACAGAGUUCAUCCCCGUUGAAUACACAGAGGGCGCCAAAUCAAGUCCUCUUUAAAGAAACUGAUGAGAGCCUGGUACCCUCCUCUCCAGCUGCUGACAAGAACAGUCCUUCUUCAGCCAAUUUUGCAAAUCUGAAUGUAUUGGAGGCCUGGUCUCCUUUUGUGGCCCAAGCAAUUGAGAACAGUGAAUGGUUGAAUCAGCUGGAAACCCUCCUGCAGGUAGCAGGGGCCAUUGUUGACCUGAUUGAUUUGUUGGGAGCAUCAGUUAUGCUUCUCCUAGAGGAUGGGGACUUCACUGCUCAGGUAACCAGCAUUGCUCAACUCUGCUUGGAUCCAUACUACCCGAUUGAAGGGUUUAGAGUCCUGAUUGAGAAAGAGUGGGCUUGCAUUUGUCAUCGAUUCAAUCAUCGCUCAAAUCCUCCAGGGAUCCAAGCUAGGGGCUUUGCUCCUAUAUUCCUUCAGUUUCUAGAUGCUGUCCAUCAGAUCCAGCGGCAGUUUCCUUGUCUUUGAAUCAAUGAAUACUACCUCCGUUUUUUGGCUUACCACUAUGUGUCAGCUCGUUUCCGCACAUUCUUGAGUGAUUCAGAGCUAGAGAGAGCAGAGUUAGGCAUCAUGACAGAGGAAGACAAGCGAGGUUCCUUGUCAAGACACCACAAAGGCUUAGUGAGCAUCGCAGGAUGA